AUGAAUCCGAGCGCUGCUGCUGCAUCCCUUCUUUGUUACGGCGGGACUUGCGCUCUCUGCGCCUGUGCUACCACUACUCGUCCACUACUUCCUGACUACCUACCCAACCAGUACUUCCAUCUCUCGGGAUGGUCUAAAUUAUUGUAUUCGCGAGUCGCCAGAACCCAAAUUGAUGCAUCAACUGAGGGGGUAGGCGAAAUAAACAGGACCAUGCGAUUAAAGACUCAGGCCCACUCGACGACAGGAACGGAACACGAAGCAGGAACAGAAACCAAAUGGGAGGAGAAUGACGUGGUCAGCGCCAGGCUUAUGAUGCAAUCGGAGUACGCUAGAAUCAUGUAUCAACAACACCAGCACCAAAAAGAAGAAGAAGAAGAAGAAUGA